AGAACACAUUUUUAUGACGUCAAACAAAGUAGAUAUAAAGUAGAAACUAAAAUAUUGCGAAUAAUAAUUGAAAAACUAUUAAGUUUUUAAUAAUUCUAACUAAAAUUCAUUGAAUUAAAAAUGACUGUAGCAAAAUACUAUCAUAUUUUUAGUGUCAUAUGUUUAUGUAUUAUAAGUACUACUAAAGGAGAUAACAGCAUGCAAGUUGCUAUACAAGAAAUGUUUAAAACAAACGAAAUGAUUUUAUGCUUGCAGCCAGCUUCUAGAGAUUCUCUCUUGUAUGAAUUUAUUGGAGAAACUCCUUAUGAGGAUAUUGAAAAGUAUCUGUUUCUACCACACUUAGAAUAUUAUAGAUCUUCAGAAUAUGGUAAACUAGAAAUAGAUAUACUCGACAACGAGGUACUUUUUCAAAAAGUAGUUCAACUUAAAUUAACAGCAACGGACACUACUUGUGAUAUUGACAACAACAACAAAAAUUUUACUUUAAAUGACUACAAUGAAGAAGCAAGAAUACGAUAUAAUGUACUUCUACCACCUAUGCGAAGGUUACUCCAUGAAUUUUUGGUUGAAGAAAAAAAUUGUAGUAGUGAUAAUGGAGUAAAAUGUAAAUUGAUUGCAUUGAUCAAAAGAGCAGAAGAUCCUCAAAUAGUCAAAGAAAUCCCUAGAUGUGGAAAAAUUCCAGGUCAAUGCUUAAUUGAUACAAUAUAUAAGGAUGGAACAAAAAUAAAAAAUAAAUUUUUGGACUACGAACAUAAAAAAAGAUUCGCAACAAUGAUAUUAGAUCAUAACAACAAUAUUCAAUUUUGGGACAUUCCUGUAUUAUAGACAUUAUGAUAAUAUAGCAAUCAUUUAAUUUUAAACUAUCUUAAUAUUAUAAUAAUAGCAAAAAAAUGAACUUAAUGUAUUUUUUAGUGUUAUUUAAUAAAAAUAUUCUACAAACAA